GGCCUCGAGCGCGGCCUGCCCCGGGAGCAUGGAGGACGAGGAGCCGGAGGGGGAGGAGGAGAAGGAAGAGGGGGAGGAGAAGGAGGAGGAUGAGGAGAAAGAAGAAGAGGAGCCGGCUCCCUGUCCCCUGACGGAGGAAAUCCUCAAGGAGGGCCUCUCUCUCCUCACUAAGACCGGCAACGGGCUGGCUCUCGCCUAUGUGAAGUUUGAAGCCAAAGACAAGGGCCUGACAGACAUCAGCCUCCUCGAACGCUUCAUUCACCUGCGGUAUGUGGAUUUGUCAAAGAACAAGCUGAAAGAUUUGGCCCCGCUGAGCAGCCUAACCCAGCUGCUUUGGCUGAAGGUGGAUGGGAAUCUGCUCACCAGUGCCAGCAUGCAGGAGCUGCCCUACCUCCAAGUCAUCAGCUUUGAUCACAACCACAUCAUGGAUUUUGAGGGCAUUACUCACCCCCUCCUAGCCAACCUCAGCCUGAAAGAAAAUAAAAUCCAGAAAGCGCUGGGCCUGAGUCAUGACCAGUUGUUCAGCCUGCAAGUCCUGGAGCUGCGAGGAAACAAGCUAGAGACCACAGCAGGGCUGGGUGUUUCCAAGCUCAAGAAGCUCUAUCUGGCCAAGAACACCAUUUGCAGCCUUGAAGGCCUUGAGGAGUUCAAGCAGCUGGAGACUCUGCACCUGCGUGACAACAAGCUUGAGGCCCUGGAUGGAUUCUCUGACAGCAUGAAGUGCCUGCAGUACCUCAACCUACGGAGCAAUGGGAUCAAAAGCUUUCAGGAGGUGGAAAAACUGCAGGUUCUCCCCAUGCUGCAGGCACUGGUGCUGAUGGACAAUCCGUGCACCGAAGAGCCCAAUUACCGGCUGGAGGUCCUGUCCCGGCUGCCACAGCUGCAACGCCUCGACAAGGAAUCAGUUGAGAAAGAGGAGCGGGAAGAGGCAGAGAAAAUCCGUCAGACAAGGAAGCAAACAGAAAUGGAAAUGGAAGCACCUCUUGAGGAUACAGUGACUGAGUGACCUGUUUUUAACACCUGUUCCCAGAGGCUGUCAAGAUGUAGUGAUGCCUUUCCCCAUAUGUGAGGCUGGGAAAGUGAGAGCUUUAGGUACCAGCUUCACCUCAUUUUACCUCUGGAGCAAAGAGGAGUGCUAUUCACCCUGGUCCUAGACGCUGCCCUGAGGCACUGCAGUGUUUUUGCAGUCACUGCACUAUGUUCUAUUCUCAGUAGGCCUGAGAGGGGAAAGGGGAGAGUUACAGGUUCUGUGGUUCGAUUUGAUUCCCAAAAACUCUGCAAGGUUUUCUGAUUUGAAUAAAAAUAAUUAAUGAGCCUGGA